GGCUGUUACUACUCAAUUGCAUUGAGUGUCGGAGAUUUCUUGCAGACUGUUUACUGUGUUGCGUGUGAUUAAUGUUUCCCCGCCUACAUGACCUUGUUAAUUGAUAUGAUUUACAUUUUUGCAUAUCUAAUGUUUCCCCUAUAUCCUUGUGAUGUUAUACAUUUUAUGUAUAUAAAAUAUGCAUAUACAUACAGAUAUACCAAAUUCUAACUCAUUCACUAUAUAUCUAGAGAUUAGACGAAACUUUAAUAUUCUAUAUAAUGAAAACGUUUUUCUAAAAGCUGUGUUCCAUGUUUUAAGUUAACAUUAAUAUUCAAUUAUCAUCAUAGGGGAAACAUUGACUAUAGCAUUUGCAAAGCACAUCAGUAAAUUCGUGACAAGUGCUCCUUGUUUGAAAUUUUCAUUUCCAUUCAUUUGCAUGCUGUAAUUGACAUGCUCGGCAGAUAAAAGUGUCAGGCCAAAGAGUGUUAACUUCAUAUCGGGGCCACGGUCUCUCAGGUCAGGAACAUUUGCUGAACUCAGUCCGCAAGAUCCCAAGAUAUUCUGCAUAUAGAGGGUGAAUUUGAAACAGAGCAAGUUGAGAUGUCGAGAAAUACUUACACAGGAAGCAUUCUCUUUGUUGGUAUUGCCAUUGCCACUUUUACAACAACGGCAGCUCAGUUGGUAUGUGUGGAUCCAAUAGUAAUCGGCGAAUUCCGCGUAAUGAAGUCGAGGCGAUGUGUUGACAUAGAUAACCUUUCCGGCGGAGGAAAUGUUCACACCUACCUAUGUGAUGGAUUUGACGACCAACAAAUCAUCUGGUGCAGCGAGCAGAAAUUUUUUUUGGGAUCACUUUCGUUGGGAGCUUUGUAACCGCGCCUUAUCCAAAAUACAUGUUUGGAUAUAAAGGGUCAAUUUGGGUUAUUUAAGUACUGCAUAUUAAUGUUCCUGAAAAGUCAUUAAUACGGUUAAUUAGCAUUUAGCGGGAAAUAUUGAAAUUUUCCCGCACCAAAUAAUAAUAGAGCGUGGUAUACUUAUAAUAUAAACUAUAUCUUCAACCGGAGAAAUUGUACGUAUUCAUUCAAAUUCAGCUAUUUACCAAUCAAAUUUAAUCAAACUUCAUCAUGAUGUCAGGUUACGCAUUAAAAGGCUUCGUAAACUCAGGAAAUACAUGCUUCGUAAACUGCGUAUUGCAGUCUAUUCUCUCAACAAAGAGUUGCAAUGAAGGCCUUGGUCAACUUCUGCACAACAGGAAAAGAUGCACGGCGAACAAAGAAGGAACAAAAUGCAUAUUAUGCAGUACACUGAGUGUGUUCAAAUUGUAUAAUGGAGCAUCACAGGUGGUUCGACCAGCAGCACUGCUUUCUUGUUUGCCACAAAUUAUGAGCGGUUAUGUCAAAGGUUCCCAGCAAUGUUCAGCUGAAUUUUUCCAAUCAUUUUGGACAAUUUUGGAGGAAAAAGCUCAUCAUCUGCAAUCAACAGAACUUAUUCCACAAUAUUGUAGCCUUGAAUUUCUGAAUUCAUUUUGCUUCUCACUUAAUAGUGAGAUUCUAUGCAGCGAGUGUGGCAAUACUACAAGUAACAUUGCCACUGAGACAGUGCUUCCAUUAUCUAUAACAAAGGUAAUACCCAAAGAGAUAGAAAGUCAUUGUCACAAGAUGGUGGUGUUAAGAAGUAACAAAAAUAGUUUAGUACAUUUUCCCUUAAUGUUAAAUUAAAAAUCAUUCUAAUGGGUAUACCUUGAUAAAUUCUACAGUCUACUUUUUUUUAUUAAAAAGAGAACAAUUUAUUUAAAUUUUCCUUGCUUAUACUCUAAAUGCUUACCACCUUGUCAUAUUUUUGGUUAGGUAUUAAAAUACAGGGAAAAUGGAAAAUAUGAUUUUAUGCACAUGUUUACUGGCAGUUGCAAACCAAACAAAUCUUGUUUGAACAAAAUUCAAAAACUGGAAACUCAUUUGUUCUUUUAACCAUAAUAUACCAGGGAUUACCUUUACAAGAUUUGUUGGAUCAAUAUUCUGCAGCAAUUCAAUUGGAACAGCUCUACAACUGUGAAAGGUGUGGUAAAGGAACUGAUGCCUGGAAAAGAACCUUAGUGCAGAAUCUGCCACAGGUAUUAUGCAUUCAGUUAUUGCGCUUUGACGCAAACGGUCAAAAAAUAAGCUUGGAAAUAGAUUACCCACCUGAACUAACCAUACCCGAGUAUCAACGCGAUUUAAAUGAUGGCAGAAGUGAAACAUCGAGAGCAGAAUACACCCUUUCUUCAAUAAUAGCACAUGAAGGAAACCAAAUAUCGUCCGGGCAUUAUGUUUGCUUCGUUAACAGGAGCGGGAGAUGGUUUUAUACAAGUGAUACCGUUGUUAAAGAAACAUCACAGUUAGCAGCAUAUCACCAGAAGAAUGCAUACAUGCUCUUUUACGAGAAAAAGGAGCGACAAGCCCACACUAGGGCAAAGGUGUUUACAAAAGAAGCACCAGUGCCUACAACGAAUAAAGAACCUGUUUUGAAUAUUAACACUUAUGCGAAAGCAGUUGCAAGGGGUUCUUCCAACAACUCUCGUGCUAAAAUGCACUGUUUGUCAUUAUCCAAGAAACGCAAGGCCACUCUUUCAAAGGUACCUUGUAGAGAUACAAAUCUCUCUAUGUCAACAUCUGUUGGUCCCGUGACAGACGCUGCAAAAACUAAAGAGUUCACAAAAGAAGAUUCACCUCACCCUUUAUCACCCACAAUCACUUCUAAUUCUAACAGUUCUAUGUCAUCGUUAACACCUGAACAAGAGUCAACAGCUGAAAAAAACGCAGUCUCAAGCUCUGAAACGAACUCCAUGGGCCCAGCUCCCGAAAAUAAGAUAUCGACAACUCCUAAUCCUUCAUCACCUCCAAUAAAGAUGCAUGGAUGUGACGAGAAUUCGACCAACGACAUAAUAAUUACUAAAAUCACAAAAUUGCCGACCAGUUCAGCACCUGACAAAGAGCAACAAGAUAUCACAAUAAAAGUAACGGUACCACCCGAUUACUACGUACCGAUAGGUUUUCAAAGCGCCAAACCAGGUUUAUUCAAAACCAGGAUAGAGGGGAAUGUCGUGCAUUCGAACAUGUAUUUAUCCCUAACUGGAGAGGAGAGAAAACGCGCACAAGAGACAGCAAUUGCAGGCGUACACAUUAGCGUUAGUGACAGAGUAAAAGAAUGGGAUCCGACAGACAUCAUUCGCCUACUUCCUGCAUCACACAAGAUUUCUGAUUCCCUGUUAUCUAACUUUUUGGUAAACAAGAUUUUUCUGAUGAUCGAAGAAGAAGCAGUUAAGCAGGGAAAACAAGUCCACACCUGCAACAUGGAAGUUCUCCAACGUAUGACAGAACCUUCACUUGACAUAUUUUUAAAAUGCAAGUAUGAUCAACUAUACCCUCAUAUUUUAGAUAGUGAAGUAAUACUCUGUCCUUCAUUACACGCAGAUCACUGGUGUUUAGUUGCCGUAUACCCAGCAAUAAAAAGAAUGGUUUAUUUGGAUUCACUUUUUCAAGGAAUUGGGGCAAAAAGGGCAUUCCAACGCGUAGGCAAUUUCAUUGAAUGUGCCAUGAAAUUACAAGGACAAAAGUAUAGUGUUGACGAGUGGGAUUUUUUUGCAAUCCCAGCGAACGACGUUGAACAACAGUUGAACUCAGUCGAUUGUGGCGUGUUUGUGGUAAAAUGGGCACAGCAUAUAGCUGAAGGUAGGAUGAUCGAUUUUAAGCAACGACACAUAAAUGAUUUCCGUUACUCGUUAAUAUUGGACAUAGCAGGAAACAAACUUUCGUGUUUGUCGAUUCCACUUGCCAGCAGCAAAGGUAGCAAUAGUUGCGAACAAACAGCGAACAGUGAUGCAGAUCCUUUCAAAUCAUCACCAACUGAAAACAGUCAUACAAUCCUUCAAGAUCAUUGCUACUCGCUUGCUACGCCGGAUAAUAUACCAGAUGAUAUACCUGAAAGAACGAAUGCUUAUGUAUUACCCCAGCAUGUACAAAGCAUACUCCCACCAACAGCUGUUUAUAAAUGCUUAGAAUAUGAAGAACUUUCGAACGACGAUACUAUGGAAUCUAAGAAAUAUAGGGUAAAAUUUAACAUUAAAGAUGUGUCAACACCAAAGGAAAUCGAAAAAUGGGUUUCUCAAUUUGCAGCAUCGUCAAACAUCAAAUACAAUUCUCAAGGGGGUUAUAAGAGGAAAGGUGUCAGAGUUUCGUUUGCCCAGUGGUAUAUUUGCGAGUGCAAAAGAAAGACAUUGAGCAGGAACCAAAAAGAAGCGAAAGCCGAAGCUAUGAAACGUAGACAGGAGCGUCAUUGCACUCAUGCUGCUAAUGCUGAAACCACUGACAAGAUCCAUUUACUAUCUAACAUACGCGAUAAAAAAACAGAUUGUGAAAGCAAAAUGGUAAUAAAAGUGCGUACGAAAGCAGUUGAAGAAAUUGUCUGUGAUGUGGAAUUAUGGUGGAAUCAUAACCAUAGCGUCAACUGUCACCACCUUACCACUUUUAGCCAAAUCUUACCUGCGACAAGGCACAAAUUUCUUACUUAUUUUGAGCAGGGCAUGUCUGCGUCUGAGUCGUUCCAUCACCACGAAACAACGUUGAUGAGAGAUCCUGUUACUGUUCUUCUCUUGGCAGAUAGAAAAUACUGCCCGUCGUUGAGAGACGUUAAUAAUCUCUACGAGAAGUGGAGGAAAACAACAAAAGGACCAUGUAAUGGAACCGAAUUGUUCGACUAUCUGCAAGAGUAUAUUACGACAUACAAUAAGGAUAAAGUGAGUGAUGGUGGCAAAAUCUUUCUACAAAGAUAUAACAAUGACGAAAAGCGUGAGCAACCGUUGAUAAUUUCCAUAUGUACUCCAAUGAUGUCACGUGUACACAAGUUACGCCAGGCUGGUGAAAUGGCUUUUAUGGAUGCAUCCGGGAGCCUUGAUCGACACAAUAAUCCAGUUUAUUUUAUGUGUACUCAUCAUCCGUCAGGUGCCCUUCCCUUAGCAGUGUGGAUAACUUCCAGCCAAUCAGAAUCCACUUUGAAUAGUUGUUUACACAGCGUUGUAUCAGUGCUACCGCGACACGCAUUUGGUGGAAAGGGCGUAGCGUCUGGUCCUUCAAUUUUCCUCACCGAUGAUGACAGUGCCCAGAGAAAUGCUUUGCGUGCAUAUUGGCAUUCAUCUGUUCUUCUCCUCUGUAUAUUUCACUUUCUUCAAGCUGUUUGGAGAUGGCUUUUAGACAGUACUAAUUCCAUUAAUAAAAUGAUCGGCAGCACUUAA